CGCCCACCCUGCCCGCUCUCCCUCCUCCUCCUCCUCCUCUGCCGCCCCCUCCUCCUCCGCAGCGCAUCACCCCUCGCACCCCUCGCCUCCCGGAGCAGGCAGCCACCACGACGGCGGCGCCCACCCCACUCGGAGGGCCUCAGCGCGCUCCCUGCACCCCUCCGCGGGGUCCGGCCCGGCCUCCGCUGCCUCCGCUGCCGCUGUCUCUGCUGCCGCUGCCGCCGACGCAGCUAGGAGACACAGCAGCGGUGGCGGUGGCGGUGGCGGAGCUCGCGGCCAUAGCAGCAGUCGCGAAGGAGGGGUGGCUGCUUCUGCUGCUGCUGCAGGGGGUGGAAGUGGAGGUGGUGGCAGUCGGGAUGUGUCGCCGGGCGGCUCCUCGGUGACGAGUUCGGUGGGGUCGCGGCAGCAGCAGCGGGCGGAGGCGGAGCGGCGGAAGAGGGAGGCGCAGCUGGCCUCCGACGUGCGCUUCCUGGCGCGCAUCCGCAGUCGCGCGGGGGAGGUGCAGCGGCAGCACGCGCAGCUGCUGGCGGCCGCAGAGCAGUCGGUGCAGGCAGCCCGGAGCGCUAAGGCCGCCUCCGAGGCUCAGCACCGCUGGCUGCAGCACCAGCAGGCGCUGGUGGAGGGGGCGCGGAGGCAGCCCGGGCAGCUGCUGGCGUCCCUGGAGCGCAACCAACAGCAGCAGCAGCAGCAAAUGCAGUACCAGCAGCAACAGCAGUACCAGCAGCAGCAAUUACAAAGACAGUAUCGAUUGCAGCAGGAGCAGGAGCAGCAGCAGCAGCAGCAGCAGUUUGAGGUGGUGAUGGGGGGUGGAAUGUAUGAGGCGUAUGGGGACAGGGACAGGGCGUACCGGGGGCGAUAGUGUGCCGGUGGAAGAGCUAAGGGGUGGAGGAGGAAGAGAUGCAUGGG